GAACGAAAGCAUUGACGUCAUAGGCUGCACGCAUGCGCCACAAUCUCUCUCACCUCCACACGAGGAGUCGCCAGUGGCAGCAGAACGCGGCACGCUGUAUUGGCGAGCAAACGUCUCCUAGCGCCCCGUAACCGAUUUAUUCCAGAGCAACUCAAGUUCGAGCAAACGCGGGAAACGGGUCAACAUGGCACCCAAGUGGCAUAAAUUGGUGUUAACACUUCUUCUCUUGAGUUUGUAUCAAGUCGCAGGAGCACCAGUCGCUCAACAAUCAGGCCGAGGCGAGGGUUUCGAAGGCAAGUCGGACGUGCCUGUCGAGCAACUGGAAAAGUUGAAAAUGGCGGUAUCCAUUAAAGACGGCGACUCCGAACUAAAGAGUGAACACGUUGAAUUCCACAGGCUUGAUGCAGUGAAAGAAAAUGGCGAACUAAUAUCCCGUUUGGAGCAACACGCAUCAGCCGACUCGGUGGACGGUGAGAAGCCACGUGUGCAUGCGCAAGCGCAGCUGGACGUGCCUGCGGAGGGGGUGCAUCGGAUGUUAGUCCAGGACGGCUCUCAUGUCAGUGUACAAGAUGCUACGCCACCAACCACUGCUGCAAGCGAUGAGGCUACUACUAAGGUGUUCCACGGAGCCGCUCGUCUCGUCCAACCAGGCUCGGCGACGAGCCCUCCGCAGGGACACACCGCGUCGCGACGAUCCUUCAAAACUGAUUUCUCCAAAGACAUCAGGAACAAUAUGGAUCACUACGCCCAGUCGUACUCAGUUCAAUACACGCCUAUGGACAUGGCGGAAUACGUGUUCUGGACAGGGGAUGAGAGAGGUGUCACCACCGCCAUCGAGGACUACCUGCAGGAGGGGAUGAUGACAAAAGAAGAAGCGAUUGCUUUCCUGCAAGAGAUCAAGUUCAACCUGGACUACCUGCGGGCUCAUUACACACAGAACCUGAAGGCGGCUGAGGAGAACGCACAGCAAGAGAAGCUGAGGAACAUGCUGAUGGAACAGGCUAGUGCCAAGGACUACCAAUACCGCGCGCCGAUGGUCCAGUCGUUUCCAUUCGGGAAUCCCGAGGUGGUCCACAACAUCGGCAGGAACUGGGACAUGGGAAGCAACCUGGCUCCGAUCUCCGCUCUCCCAGUGAAUGACUUCCGGCCAGAGCCCGUGAAGAGGACCUACGACCCCAUGCUGCAGACCAACAUCAUUAGCACAUCAGACUAUGACCGCGACGGCCCCAUCAUCACUGAGGAAGAGUACGAAGAGAUGAUGGACAAACUGAAGGCGGCAGACACGCUUUACACCGAAUAUACACUCGAGGAAAUCAUUUACCAGCUCGCUAAGAUGAUGUUUUCCCAGUCGCUGUCGCGCGACCCGGCGUCGGCGCGCGCCGCCACGCAGCGGUUCAUGGCCUUCUUGGAACUGGAGGCUGAGAGGGGACAACUCUCGCGCACCAUUGAAAAGAAAGUGCUAGAUGUUAUGAUUGCGGCUUUAACCGACACAAUUGGCGACCACCCUGAACUCCUACAGGCUCACGAGACCGUCGGCGGCAACCCCGCUAACAGGCUAAUGCGUCAGUUCCUGGAGGCGAGCGCGUCGGAGCCGAGCAUGUCGCGCGCCAUCCUCGCCGCCUACAAGGACGAACUCCUCAAGGGACCUCUGCACAAACUCUCCUUCCCCGAGAGAAACUAAACCGACCCAUCUAUUGAUAUAACUUCGUAGAUACGACAUAUUACUAUCAUUUAUAUUUCUGUCGUUUUCAGCAAAAUUGUUUUUAUUUACGUAGGCUCUAUGCACAAUUAGCGCGACGCCAAAAAUUAUUGCCAACUUAAAGAAAACCUUAUCCACCGCGCCUUGUGGUUUAUGAAAAGCAAUUAUUAUCGUACAAAAAUAAAAUAUUUUCUCUAUAUUUAAGAUAUGCUCAAACAUGCCGUAUCUGCGUUGUUAUUAGGUGUUUAAAUGAAGAAUAUUAAUAUACGUUAAUCGAGAUUUAAUUUAUUAAAAAGUACUAAAUUCGAUGUAUCUUAAUAUACACUCGUAGCAUCUACUGUAAUCAUCCUCCAUGACGUCACCGAUCAUUACCUAACUUUGGUCUAUGGUUACAAUAUUUUAAUUGCCAACACAAAAAAUACUAAAUUACACAAAUAACCUACUCUACUUACCAUAUAAUUUAACAUUUCAACAUGUACGACUAAUGGCUAAAUCAAUACACAAAAACAUCUAAUUCUUAGUUUAAAGAAAAUCAACAGUCUUAGAAUCAGGGUCCUUAUUCUCUAUGCCCCACGUUAUGCGUAACAAGCACUUAACGCACCACGUCGUGUUAAAGACAACAAAUUGGAAUAAAGAAUACCAUCCCACGGUAAUUACAUGAAGUUAACAUAACACGGGUUUAAAGUCACUGUCACAGAGAAUAAGGGGACAUGAAUAAGGCCGUAACAUAACUCUAAAUAUUCAAAUCAAUGGGUUAAGUGUAUACAUUUAUUUACCUUGUAGUAGCUUUACUUUAAUCGACCUUUGCUAGUUCGGCUGCAACCCACAUGUAGGCUUUUAAUGUUAUAGUAGUAAUAAGUACCUGUUAUCCGAAAAUCAUCUUUAUCCCCAUAUGUAAAUACAUUAUAUUUAUUCUAAUUACCCAAUGUUAUCCAAAUAUUUAUAUGUUAUGAAAAUAUCUGAUUUUAGUAGCUUGGAGAUACAUUUUAAUUAUCGCUUAGCUUUUGUUAUCCAAGAAUAGAAUAAUAUGUAAGUACUAAAAGUAAGAUAUAUUAAAAUAUACCUAACAUAUAAUUAGCUAGUCAAAUAUUUCUUCAUAUUUUUCUACCAAUUUCCGUAUAAACAUGCAGUUGCGUGAUGGUAACAUUGUCUUCCCUGAAUAAAAAUUAUUUAAAAAUGGCAACACUGAGUAAUUUACAACACAUAAAUAAAGCAUGUAUAUAACAUACGGAUACCAUAAUACAUUAAUGCAUAUCAGAAAGAGUAACAUAUCUUCAAAACAAAACUAAAACCACUAUAAGAAAACUACUGAUGAUUUUUUUAUUUAUUCACCUGUAUAAUAUAAUUAAUUUUACAUAAUUUAUAACACCACACAACUGCAUGUUUUAUAAGUAAUUUUGACCUUUCAUAAACAUACCAAAGAAUCCUAGUAUCCCAUGUAUUAUAAGAUAUUGUAUAAAUGAAUAGAUUAGAAUGAUGUCUUUCUAUUAGAAUCACAAAAUGUUUUUAUCUGUAAGACUUGAAAACAUUAUAUUCAGCAUUGUUGGAAAUGAUGCUAUGUUAGUGAUCAGCAAAA